UGCUGUCCCGCCGUGUGAGCACAGGCGAACGUGCGGAGUGGAAAUAUGUCAUUCUCACUACACCUGUGCUGCCGCCUCCUGGACGGACGCGACUCCUUUGCAGCAACUGUACUAUAAGUGAACGGACAGCUUAUGAGCCCCACUCAAAGCGCGAGAAGCACGCACACGGAGCGGGAUGGCGAGGAUUUCGCUGCUGCACCUCCGCGUCCUUCUCGCGGGGCUCCUGCUGACGGGGACCCCGACGGUCCGGGCGAACCGAGGGGCGACAUCGGCUGACGAGGAGCGGGAGAAGGAGGGCGACGCGGAGACGCCGUGCGAGGUGAAGACCGUCACCGUGUCUACGCUGCCCGUGCUCCGCGAGAACGAGUUCAGCUUCACCGGCGGAGCCUCCGGGAGCGCGGCCGGAGGAGGGGGCGCCGCCGCCGCCGCCGCGGAUGCAGGUGGUGCUGGCGGAGGAGGAACCGGAGGAGGAACCGGAGGAGGAGGAGGAGGAGCAGUAGGAGGGGGGGAAUCCCGACUCCUGUUAUUCGUUCGAACAGACCUACCUGGGCGAAUUUCCGUAAUGGAUGAUCUUGACAACACCGCUCUCCCCUACUUCACACUCGAGAUGUCGGGGACGGGGGAGGACAUCUCUCAGGUUCACUGGAAGCAGCAGUGGCUGGAGAACGGGACGCUCUACUUCCACGUGUCCAUGACGGAGUCGGAGCUGCUGGCCCAGACGACGCAGCCCACGGCCCGCGAGCCGGCCCACGCCCUCCACGAACACAUGCACCUGCUGCACAUCUCAGUGAUGGGAGGCCUCAUCGCCCUCCUCCUCCUCAUCCUCCUCUUCACGCUGGUCCUCUACACCCGCCACCGGUGGUGCAAGCGCCGCCGCAUCCCGCAGAAGAGCGCCAGCACCGAGGCCACCCACGAGAUCCACUACAUCCCCUCGGUGCUGCUGGGGCCGCAGGGCCGCGACAGCUACCGGGGCCCGCGGGGCUCCCACCAGCACGGCAGCUCCGUCAUCGGCAUGCCCAUACGCGAGACGCCCAUCCUGGACGACUACGACUGCGACGACGAGGACCCGGGCGGACACUCGCACAACUCCACGCCCAACCAGCUCCACAACAAGCUGAACGACGGCAGGGUGCAGGACGACCACAUCGGCAUCGGGGGCCACGCAGACAUCAUGUACCAGGAGGAGGAGCUCAAGCAUAACUUUGAUAAACGAGCCAUUGACCCAAACACAGAGUCAGUGGAGGAUUUGAUGCAGAGGUUCCAGGACAGUUUCCGUGUUCCUAACACGCUGACAGACAUGUCUCACUACCAGCAUGUCAUGCACAGCUCAUCAACCGGCCGCCGGAGGCUCCCGAGCCACAACAGAGUGCCGGCGACCGGGGGGGUGUUCGGACCUCAAGGGGAGUCGGGGUCAGAGCCCGAAGAUGACAAUCAGAUGAAGUUUUACACAGAGCAGCACCGAGGACGAAGACGCAGCAAAGGCUACUCGCACAGUCCCCUCAAUAAGGUCACCCUGACGUUGAUUACCAUCAGCAUGUGUGUCAUCGCCAUUGUCUAUGCCACGCAAGACUCCUGUCCCCUCACCGUCAAGGUCACGCUCCAUGUGCCGGAGCAUUUCGUCGCAGACGGAAGCAGCUUCGUAGUGAGCAUGGGCAGCUUCCUGGAUGUUUCUAAUUGGCUGAACCCGGCCAGGCUGACGCUCUACUACCAGACCAAUUCAUCCACACAAUGGGUGCGUGACUACUGCGGCCAGAGGACCACUGAGCCCUGCGAGCAGCUUUGUGACCAAGACACAGGAGAAUGCAGCUGUCACGAGGGCUUCUCCCCCGACCCCGUCCACAAACACCUCUGUGUUCGCAGCGACUGGGGUCGCAACGAAGGUCCUUGGCCUUACGCUAACUUGGAGAAGGGCUACGACCUAGUUACAGGAGAGCAGGCCCCGGAGAGGAUCUUCAGAUCGUUCUACAGUCUGGGCCAAGGCUUGUGGCUGCCCGUCAGCAAGAGCUUCGUGGUGCCACCGGUGGAGCUGUCAAUCAACCCCAUCGCCAGCUGUAAGACAGAUGUGCUGGUUACCGAGGAUCCGGGGGAGGUCAGGGAGGAGGCCAUGAUGUCCACCUACUUUGAGACAGUAGAAGACCUGCUGGCGUCCUUUGGGCCCGUCCGCGACUGCUCCAAAGACAACGGCGGCUGCAAGAAGAACUUCAAGUGCGUGACUGACCGACAGCUGGACUCGUCCGGCUGCAUGUGUCCUGAGGGGCUGAGGCCAAUGAAGGAUGGCUCAGGUUGCUAUGACUACUCCAGAGGCAUUGACUGCACAGAUGGCUUCAAUGGAGGAUGUGAACAGCUGUGUCUCCAGCAGCUCGUGCCCCUUGAAGAUGACCCCAGCUCCAGCAACGUGCUUAUGUUUUGCGGGUGCGUGCAGGAGUACAAGCUAGCAGGGGACGGGCGCUCCUGCCUCCUGCAGUCAGACAACUGCGAGGGACCAAAAUGCCCACGGCAGGAUGUCCACUUCAAUGACACCCUGUUUGGUGAGAUGCUGCAUGGAUACAACAACAAAACCCAGCAAGUCAACUUGGGACAGAUAUUCCAAAUGACCUUCCGGGACAACAACUUCAUUAAGGAUUUUCCCCAGCUGGCCGACGGCCUCAUGGUCAUCCCCCUGCCGGUGGAGGAGCAGUGUCGCGGGGUCCUGUCCGAGCCCCUGCCCAACCUGCAGCUGCUCACAGGGGAUGCUCAGUUCAGCGAGGCGGUGGGCUACCCCAUGGUGCAGCAGUGGAGAGUCCGCAGCAAUUUGUAUAAAGUCAAGCUCAGCUCCAUCACCCUGUCUACAGGUUUUUCCAAGGUGCUGAAGACGCUGUCGGCGGAAAGCACGCGCGAGGAGCUGAUGGCGUUCCUCCAGCAGUACGGCAGCCACUACGUGUCCGAGGCCCUGUACGGCUCCGAGCUCAGCUGCAGCAUCUACUUCCCCAGCAAGAAGGCCCAGCAGCAGCUCUGGCUCCAGUACCAGAAAGAGGCUACAGACCAAGGGGUUGGUGGGCGGCAUGAGCUGAAGUCGGUUCCCUUCAUCAGCUACCUGUCAGCGCUUCAGAAGAGCCAGCUGUUGUCAGACGACAUAGUCAACGGCGUGGAGAUCCGGUGCGAGGAGAAGGGCAACUGUCCAGCUGGCUGCCACCUGUGCCAUCACCAAACCAUGAUGGGGGGCGUGUCGGGGAGGGCCCACGGCGGAAGCAGCCGGAGUGGAGAGCAGCCCUCUCCCAUCCCUGUGCUUCUGGACGUGAGCCGCGUGGUGCCUCUGUACAGUCUGGUCCAAGACAACGUCACCAAAGAGGCCUUCAAGAGCGCCACAAUGAGCUCAUACUGGUGUGCUGGAAAGGGCGAUGUCAUUGAUAACUGGUGUCGCUGUGACCUGAGUGCCUUCAGCAAAGACGGCCUGCCCAACUGCAGCCCCCUCAGGCAGCCAAUCUUGCGCCUAGCCCCCUACCUGGAGCCCUCAAGCACAAUGGUGGCCCUGGAGUGGAUGGAUGUGGAGCCUCUCAUUGGCUGCAAGGUUUCGGACUACAUCAUUCAGCAUAAGCGAGUGGACGACCCGUCAGAAGCAGAGGUCUACACAGAUCCCGCAGGUAAAGCCCUUUGUUGUCAAAGCAGCGGCUGUCAGCUCUAUAUAUUAGAGAAGAUGAAUGACGCUCCACCAUACAGGCCAAUAAAGUGAUUUUCCAUUACCUGGCCUGGAGAUUACUUCUUACUUGACAGUAAUUUGACAGUUUCUUGGCCCUUUGUUAAAAUAAAUUUAUUUAUGCUGCUGUUAUUUGGAUGUAUGUAAUGCAAAUGUUUUUUACGAUUUUAUAUUAACUCCUCGUAAAACCGCCUCGCGUUCUACGUUUGUUUAGAAUAUUUCUAUAUUUUUAUUACUUGUUUUUUUGCUACACCACCAAGCUGGCACGCAUUUAUGUACCUGUAUAAUAAGUUAUAGCUUUAAGGAGAGUCUGACUUAUGGGAUGUGUGGGUAAAGUUUGCAAGGUAAUAGUAUAUGAUUGUAAAAAGAACUAAAACUUAUACACAUUUUUCCUGCUGAGUUCGUAAAUUGGUAAUUAUAUAGUAAAGCACUCUAGACCCACUGAGCACUAUUUGUCUUUGCGUUAGUCUUCCAGAUCAAGCUAAGUGGUCUAUUUACACUAUAUGUCUAAUGUACAAUUAUCAUAUGUUGUCUCAUGUCACAAAACUACUUAAAUCUCUAUUUUGUGUUUAUAGUAGUGUACCGUAAUAAAGUAGUAUUUUAUUAUUAUAUUAUUGUAUUUGCUACUGGAACGCUAUGAUCGACAUUUUUGGUCAAUGCAUAUUUAUUGGUCUUUGAAUUCAAGUGAAUUGUUCAUUUCCAGUACAGCAUGUAGAUAUUUUAUAUUGGUCCUAAAAAAAUCAAUAAAUGACGUUAUUCUGUUCUUUUCUGCACACGCACAGUCGAAUCAAGGUUACCAAGCCUUACCAACAUCUGAAAAUGAAAACUUCAGUCAUAACAGAAGAAUCUUGGCUUGAAAUUUACAAGUUGAAGGCAGGUUUUCUGAAAACAAGACAAAUGGGGAUGAAUAUAAGGGCCAAGAAUUCCAACCCAGCUAUGAUUAAUAUCCAGCCUGUACAUCACAAAGAACAAAAUGGUCUGACUUUUAAAAUUUUGUUUAUCAGUAUGAUCACAAAUGACAUAUCGACUAGUCGUUCUUCAGCUUGACACCCAAUGACAUCCUCAUUCCUCUCUAUGACUGGAUCCAAAAUCAUAAAACGCUCUUUUUUUUCAUUCUUGUUAAAUGCUUGUCUCUUCCCCUCGACGCUUUUCCUCUUCCAUUCUUUCCUUUUACUCCUGUUUUCAGAACUGUCACUUUCUACUGAAAGCAUUUGUGAAGUACCAGGAAUUUGGCAUGUGGCGGGCAUUCCUCUUCUAACUGCUUGCAAUAAAAGGUGGGGGAAGAGCUUUGAAAGGCAUAAUGAACACAGGUCAAGUCAGGUCAACAGUCAAUCUUUAAUAGAUCAUUACCAAUUAUUUCUGCAAAAGAUCUCGUGGAGCGCUUGGCAUGAUUUAUUCUUCCACCAAACUGUGGCGUGUCCACAUACUCAGGGCGCUAAUUGCAAGAAAAAUAAGAGAGCCACACACGUACUUUGUUUCAAACAGGAAGAUAGAAACACAGCACAAAAGGUUGCUUUACUAAUUUGAAUUACUUGCAGAGCUGCGCUGGCCGUCGGUGGAGACAGAGCGCGUGUUUCCUACCAUGUCUCUGUGCAGAUGAUUAGAGUGCGAUGGCUGCUGAGUAAUGUGUGCGGUCGGGUUCAGGCUGUUGAUUAAAGUUAGCGGAAGGCUGCGGUUUUGAUUAAGUAUUGAUAAAGUAAACAUGUCCUUCCUCAUGCUUAGUUUCUUUAUUAGCAUUCGACCGAUGCCCUAAUCAUUCUCUGAUCUUAUACAGUCACCUCGUCGGCCAAACACAAGAUCCGAUACCUGGCCUGUCUGGAAAUGGCAGACAUUGGUGGGUUUUACUGUACUGUACAUGUAACUGCACUGACGUUGGUGCUCGUUGAUCAGUCCAUGGUUUAAACCAGUGCAACUUCUGGAUCCAGACUAAAACUAAAACUGAUCAAAUUGUAGACACACAUCUUGGACUGUGCUGUGUUGUCCUUGACAUGUACUGUAAUAAUCAUGCUCCAGUAAUGUGGGAAAGACUCAGUGAACACAGUUUGAUGGAAUUUCUCCUGAUGAGGUUUAAUCCCAGCGUAUCAGCAUCAGCAGCGGUUAAGUUACGUUACAAGGUGACAUCACGUAAAACAUCUGGCCUCUAGACGUUCAGUUGACAAAACCAAGAUAAUAUAUGUUUAAUAGUUUUCCCUGUGUCAAACAGCUUAUCCAGUCAUUAUCAAAACGUAUAUAAACAGUGGAUACAGGUGGUCCAAAGAGUAAAAGAGUUCAAACUGGAUGUGAAGUUGCAUAAUAAAGGAAACAUAGUAGUAAUUGAUAACAAAAGGUGCAGAGAAUUCUCCACCCAUUGUGGGUCUGAACAAAAACGCUCAACAACACUUCUUUCACAUUUGGCAACUUGCUGCCAUAAGCAAGGAAAUGGUGUCCAAUUUGAGCUCCAUGUUUAAAAAGCUCAAACCUUUGAACCGGCAACGGUGUGUUUACACUGGGCUCUUUCUGUGAAAAGGUCAACUCAUUCAUUCGUGCACUUCUUUUUCCUCUCCCUCUCUGCAACCUUUUCUUACCAUCCCCUCAUGCCCCACCAGCCAGUCCUACUCUUUGUGUUUAUAAGUUGGCCCGUGUACCAUAAGCUAAAACUAAGCUGCCCUUUAGCUCAUGUAGAAAUAGCUGGAAAUCCAACUGGUUGAGAGCUUUUAUACUAUUUUGACAGCUCCCCUUUUUUUUCCUCACCCCCACGAGCACUGGAAACUGGCGGUAUGCGUGUCUGCGUGUGUCUAAACGAACAAGUGUGCGUUGCUCGCUUUUUCCCGUAAGCUGACAUGAAAGAUAUUUCACAACUUGUUUUGUGAGACGGCCUGGUGCUCGGUGAGAUAUCACUGCAGCGGUACCAUGUGCCCAUAAAGGAAAGAAAUCCUGUUUUCUUACAGUUCUGUAAUGUAUGAGCCGGUGCCAGUAAAAAGUCAUAUUUAAUUUAGCCCCGGGUCCGGUGCUGGUGAAAGACUCCCCAAGGACCAGGUGGAGGUGAAACUCACACCAGAGACAAAUGGCACAGUCAUCAGGAAAGCACCGCUUUCCAAAACGUAGAAAUCCAUUCAUGGCUACGUUCACAUUGUGCACCAUUGUUUUUCUUGUUAAAGUGUGCGCCGUUAUUUCGUUUAAGUACGAACAAUAGACGGUAGAAAAUGCCUUUUUGGCUAAAAGUGUGACAGAUGGUAAAACAGUACAUUUAACA